CUGGAGACGUGUGUAUAUCCGUGGUGAUGAACACUGGAAUUGCAAAGUUAUCAGGAGGAAGCCCUGACUGCUCUAGACUCACAACUCUCUUGCUCCAACAGAACCGCAACUUGGUGCAUAUCCGUCGUGAGUUCUUUAAGAAUAUGCUAAAUAUAGCUGUUCUGAACCUGUCAUCUACCAACCUCAAGCAAGUGCCGAAGCAACUUUCCGAUUUGAACUACUUGCGGUUUCUCGACGAAGAGAUAGAGAACUUGCCGGAUGGUCUACAGAAGUUGAAGAAUCUGUUACAUCUGAAUCUGGAAAGGACUUGUCGGCUUAAGAAUCUGUUAUAUCAAGAGUGCCAAUUCUGAGAGUGUUGAGAUUGCGCUCUUCCAAGUGUUUGGCUGAUCUUAACACAGUCAACGAGCCCAAGAGCAUGGAACGUUUAUAAGUUGUCACCAUUGAUACCUCCUCAACUUCAGCCUUGGAGGAGCUCUUAAGGUGUCAUAAGUUGGCAAACACUGUCCAAGUACUGUCUACUGUUGAAGCAACAAAUAAUCUGGUUUUGUCAACCAUAGAUGGUCUCAUUGACCUCACCAUAACAAGUUGCUCAACGUUGAAGGUAGAGAUAUCAAGCAGCGGAAGCUUUCUUAACCUAUAAAAAAGAGAGAAUGAAAAGUAGUUGGUCCUCAUGCUUUUAAUCUAUACUUAAAUCUCAGUAUAGUUGCAUGGGAUACUCUUUCUGUUGGCCCAGCUUUCGAUUGUAAUGUGUGAAUGGUGUCUUGCUAAGGAGUAGCAUGGGCUAUAUAUGCCUUAGCUACUCCACAACUUCGCAAAGCAAACAAACCACCAAUUAUUAGCUAUGAAAAGGUCAAUCUGUUAGUUCUUCUAAUAAUUUGUUUGAAAUGGAUUAUGUCACUCAUGAUCUUCCUUGUAAUUUCCCAAUCCGUGUUUUAGGCAUUGUCCUAACUAAAGUUAGCUUUUGCAAUUCUUCAAAAGAAUACAUAUUUUCAAUAGACCUAUGAGCUUACUCUUUAAAAAAGUCUCAGCUUAACUAUUAUUGAUUCAUUGUGUAUCAACAAACACGUUUAUUUGUUACAUAUUGAUAUUAAUAACUUACAAGACCUGUGUGUUUUGGUCAGAAAGUUUUAAUAAAGGCAAGGUAGUUGCUUUUUGCUUUUGAAAACAUUGUAUCCGGUGUGAAAGCAGCUUCAUGGGUUCGGUUCAUACGUCGAUAAUUUUAGUAUAAUACAAGACUUCAGUUUUUUUUAUUGUGAGAAGAACUUAUAAUCGUCUCUCUUCUCGUCUGAUCAAUGAUGGCAAGACAAACUGAUGUGUGGGGAAGGGUCGAGGAGCUGGAACGACUUGAAAGCUUAAACAUAGACAUCUCCUCGAGUUCAGCGUUGGAGGAACUGUUCAGCGCUGAUGAGUUGGCAUGUUGCAUCAAAGAGGUAUGUAAAAGAGAUGUUAGAGAAGAAGCAUACAAAACACUUGUUUUGCCAACGAUGGAGCGUCUCAAUAAGCUCAUUAUUAGGAGUUGUGAAAUAUCUGAGAUAGAGAUUGGGAGGACGCCAUGGGACAUUAUUCUGACUAGGACAAGACUGAGAAACCUCACAAGUGUGACUGUAACUGGCUGCAAUGGACUAAAGGAUCUGACGUGGUUGUUGUUUGUUCCUAACCUUACUCAUCUCGAGCUUCAGUGUUUGGAGAAGGUAGAAGAGAUCAUAAGCGAGGAGAGAGUUGCACGUAGUGUAACAGAUGAGCCGAAAGCGCGAGGUAUGAAUACUCCUUUUCAGAAGCUUGAGAGGCUUGACUUGAUCAACUUACCGAGGUUGAAGAGAAUCUACUGGAGCCCUCUGCUUUUCCCUUGUUUGAAGAAGAUUGAAGUAGAAAAGUGUCCAAAGCUGAGGAAGCUUCCACUCAGCUCUAAGAGUUGUGUUGGUGGUGAAGAAAUUGUUAUAAACUACAGAGAUGAUCAGUGGUUUAAAAGGGUUCGAUGGGAAGAUAAAGCCACUAAAGACCGUUUCUUACCUUUCUGUGAAAAGGUAUGUUUUAUGGAACUUUUCAUUGCUAAAAAAUGUUAUUUAUAUUUGGUUUUUCUAGUCUUAAGCUUGUUCCUUCUUUUUCUUGUCUUAGCUCCUGACAUCGUACAUAGAAAGCAACAGCUCGUGAAGCAAGCCAGUUUCCUGCAAAAUCGCUACUGUUUGUGUUUACUAUCUAUCCUUCUGAGUUGUCUUUUGUUUGUAUUAUAGUGUGUUAAUGGUGUGCUUAGUCUGUGACUUGAUAUGGAAUGGAACAAGUAUGUUUGUAUCUUGAAAUGGCAUGGCUGACGGCUGUGGAAUAAACGAUUGAUGAUUCAAGGAAAAGGAACUAGUUCUUUUCAACUGUAACGCUUUUGGGCCAUAUUAUUUUAAUGGGCCUUACAUCUUCAUUCGUAACCAUAGAGACGGCGGUCAUCGGUGUCCGUCGGAGGAAGGAACACACUCCGCUCAGUGGGGAGGAAUCUGCUGAAUCUACAAUUACGAUUAGUUUGCUUUUUCCGGCGACAGAACGACUCAAAAUCAAAUCUCCUUCGUUGUCUUAUGGAUGUGACUGUUCAUUCAUGCGUCAAUUCUUGGUUGGGCUUGGGAACCUAGAUGCAGGGCCGUGACUGUCCUGUUCCAGAGCUGUUACAUCAGGUAUUCAUUUCGAAGAACCAUUCAUAUGCCAACUAUGGUUGAUAUUCUGUUCUUCUUCAGAGCGUUCGUUCUAAAUUGUGUAAAGAUUAAUAUAUACAAACUGUAUAUCUAACUUUAACAUGUAUCUAUACUAUUAUUUGAGAAGUGAAUUUGCUGGUUUGUCAUAUUCUCCAUAAUUUUAGUUAAUUUGAUUAUUUGUCAUCUUUUUCCAUAAUUUUAGGAUAUUUUGCUGAUUUGUCAUAUUCUCCAAGAUUUUAGUUUAUUUAUUUACUUGUAUCUUUUCCAUAAUUUUAGGAUACGUCAUUAGUUUAAUUAAUAUUAUUAUUUAAAAUUUUAUUUUGAUAUCUAUAUAUUUAUCAUGAUAUAUAAUAUAAUUAAUAAAUAUUUAACUAUUCAAACGAUAUAUAUAUACAAUUUUUUUAAAUGUAUAUUUAAUAUAUAAUUAUUAUGAAUAGAUAUUAACAAUAUCUAGCGAUAAUAUCAUCAUUACUUUUAUCUUAUAUUAAUUUUAUGAGUUUAAUGACUAAUAUUAUAGUCAAUUUCUCUGAUUUUUAUUGGAAUUAUUGAGCAAAUACAGAUUAUUAAAAAAUUUAUAUAUAAGUAUACUAGGGCUGUUCAAUAUGGUAAAACCGAACCGUACCGAACCGAACCGAACCGAAAUAGACAAUAUGGUUUGGUUUUGGUAUAUACCAUAUAAACCGAAUGGAUAUAAUUUUAUAAAAACCGUAGGA